AUGUUGAACACGACCAGCAGCACUAGUUUGGAAACAAAGCCGUCGUUGCUGCAGGAGCUGCGCAGCUUCGACAAGAGCGGCAUCUUCGACCUCGGCCACCCUCUCCUCAACCGCAUCGCCGAGAGCUUCGUCAAGGCUGCUGGGAUCGGAGCUAUUCAGGCUGUGUCGCGCGAGGCUUAUUUCAUAGCCACUGAAGGAUUCGAUUCAAGUACAAAUGGUAUUCCGCCCGAAAUCUCAGUUCCAGGCAACAAAAGGCAACGCUUCCCUGACCUCAGAGGUGAAAACAACAGAAAAUCUCUUGAAGCUAUGGUGAAGAAUACAGGAAAGGAAUCAUUACAAUGGGGGCUGGCUGCGGGGGUGUAUUCGGGUCUUACAUAUGGCCUGGCAGAGGCUCGUGGAGCUCACGAUUGGAAAAACAGUGCACUUGCGGGAGCGAUUACAGGCGUUGCCCUGGCACUCACAUCGGAGGGUUCGUCCCAUGAGCAGAUAGUGCAAGGCGCCAUCACCGGAGCUGCCAUAUCCACCGCUGCAAAUCUUCUUUCUGGGAUAUUUUAGGCUGCUGGUUGGGGUCAUAUUCAUAUGUAGUCCCACAGAAAGCCUUCUUUUUGAUAAUGCAGGGAUGUGACUUGCCCCAUCUCUCUCUUGUUUUAAGGAACUUGUGGUUAGGGUUUUGCUUUCACCAUCU